AUGUCCACACUCACUUCUCGAUUUGAGUCCAAGCCGACAGCACCCGAACUUUCUCCUCCGUCAACAAUGCGUGCCGUCUCAUCGUACAUGGCAAUCGCCUUCGCCGCUGCUGCCGUCUCUACGGCCACGUCGCACCGCAUGCACCACUCGCAUGCCAUGCGCGGUCUGCAGAUGGACAUGAGUGGUAUGGACAUGACGUCCAGCUCCACCAUAGACAUGUCAAUGGCAAUGGAGGUGUCUUCCUCCUUUGCUGCCACUACGACUAUUACCUCGGAUGAGGACUUCAAGUGCCCCGUGUGCGGCAUGUCAACCAAGGAUAUGGGCUAUGACAACCUAAAUCAUAUCGGCUUAGAUCACGGCCAGACCAUCUACACGUGUGGCAUGGCCGCUCGCUCUUUCGAUGACUACAGCUUCGACGUUACCGACACGGCGUAUCUGGCCGCCAACGUCGCCGAGUUUAUCAUUAACUCGACGGAUUCCACUGCCUACGCUAAGUGCGAGGACUCGUGCGAGGAGUGCGCGAGCGGCAUCAAGGAUCCCGUCACAGGCGACGAUGUCACCACGUCCAACUACCAGUACGUGUGUCUGAAAAACGGCCAGAAGAUCUACUUUGCGUCCACGGACAGCAAGAACGAGUAUCUCAACAGCGUGAACUCGGAGCCGCGCUACCUCGUGGACAGCAUCAUCUGCGAGAACGAAACGUGCUCGGACGCCGAGAACAUCACUGUGGUCAGCGCUGCGGCCCAGGCUUUUGUGCCGGAUCUCUCCGCAUCCAGUAGCGGCGGCUCGUCGACUGCUGCCAGUGGAUCGAGUGCCGCCGUCUCAGUUAACACCCCCGCCAGUGUUGCCUUCGCCGUGGCGAGCGUGCUAGCUACGCUGGCCAUGAUGGCGUAAGCCACACGUUUGAGUUAUGAAACCCACCGAGUAGGUACUGCAGUAUUCCAAAUGCGACCAUUUUAUCCGCAGUAUAAUAUUAAUAGACACAUUCAACACAAAA